UCCUAUUUCUAACUGUCAAUAAUUUUUUGAAUUUUGAAAUAACCGAAAAUGAAUUGUCGUAAUAAAAAGGCAUUUGAUUUUGUGGCGGUGGAAAAAAAUAUAAAGGAAAAUUUUAAAAAAAAUGAAAUUAUUCAAACAAAAUGGUUACAACGAUUUGAAUGGAUUUUGGAUGAUUACAAAUUGAUGCAAGAAGAAUUAGCGAAUUUACGAAAGGGAAAUAAAAUGAAAACAAAUUUUGUAUGCAGAAAUAAAAAUGAAAGGACAAUUCGACCAAUUCCUGUUACAACAACCGGAGAAUAUGGCUGGCUAGCGUCAAAAUCGGAAUUUCAAUUGGAAAAUCCUUGGGAUUAUAUUGUAAAAUUUCCGAAUCCUAUGAAUGAGGUUAGAUUAUUGAAAGGAAACAUUCCUAGUCUUACGCCUGGAAUUGGACAUUUUUGUUAAGAAAAAAGAAAAAGGUUUUCGAAAUGUCGUUACAUUUCUAUAAUUUAUUAGUUCGUGGCUUAAGGCAGCAAAAAAAUACCAAGGUUUAUUCAUUUAUCAUAAUUCUCUAUCAACUACCGCACCCUGCUCUAGUUGAAAUUUAGUAAUUUUAUAGUAACUUUUAAUUUUAACUAGAAUGUCACUAAAUUUUAGUUGUUUUUCUAUAUUGUCCCUACUCGCCAAAAAUCCCCACUCGCUAUUUUUCAUAAUUCUCGCGUCAACUACCGCACCCUGUUCUGGUGAAAUUCUAGUUAAAAUUAAAAUUUACUAAAAUUCCAACUACCGCAUCCUGCUCUAGUAAAAUUUUUAGUAACUUUCUCGUAACCAUUAAUUUUAAUAAUAAAGUCACAAAAUUUUCACUAGAGCAGGGUGCGGUAGCUGAAAUUCUAGUAAGUUUUAAUUUUAACUCGAAUUUCACUGGAACAGGGUGCGGUAGUUGACGCGAGAAUUAUGACAAAUUGCGAGUUGGGACAAUAGAAACCAGUCAAAAUUUAGUGAAAUUUUAGUUAAAAUUAAAAUUUACUAAAAAGUCACUAAAUUUUCCCUAAAGCAAGAUGCGGUAGUUGAAAUUCUAGUAACAUUUAAUUUUAACUAGAAUUUCACUAGGACAGGGUGCGGUAGUUGAGGAGAAUUAUCAUAAUUCUCUAUCAACUACCGCACCCUGCUCUAGUGGAAAUUUAGUAAUUUUAUAGUAACUUUUAAUUUUAACUAGAAUGUCACUAAAUUUUAGUUGUUUUUCUAUAUUGUCCCUACUUGCCAAAAAUCCCCACUCGCUAUUUUUCAUAAUUCUCGCGUCAACUACCGCACCCUGUUCUGGUGAAAUUCUAGUUAAAAUUAAAAUUUACUAAAAUUCCAACUACCGCAUCCCGCUCUAGUAAAAUUUUUAGUA